AUUUCACUCGUACAUUAGUCAAAGACUGCAGUACAUUGGACAAAGUCAAGCUGAAUGGGAUGAAUUUGUUGAUUUAAUUUUGAAAGCUCACAGUGUUCAUUUAACUAUGCCAGCUAUUAAUCGUAACCUACACUGGGAUAAUUUACUCACUUAUAUUCGCCGUCAUCCCAAGUGUAGUCCAGCUUUAUGGCAGCGUAUAUUAGCUGGUAUCCAAACAGCUGAUCUCAAGCGAUCAGCAUAA